CAUACCCACGGGAAAGGCCACACUCACCAGCAUAGAUAGCACUUCCUUCACAAACUCUAUAAAUAUAAACAUCAAAAUGAGCCUUCAAACACCAAAUUCAACUCAUUUCAAGUACUACAUCCUCUUAUAGUUAGCUCCUGACCUUUUUGACACUCUUUCAUCUCAAGAAAAUGGGGAUUCGGUUUCUAUCUUUGGUUCCUCAUGCCAAGCAAAUUCUGAAGAUGCAGUCAGGUUUCACCAAAAACCAGUUGGACGUUCCAAAAGGCCAUGUGGCAGUUUACGUGGGAGAGAUCCAAAGGAAGCGGUUCGUGGUUCCAAUAUCUUACCUAAACCAUCCAUCGUUCCAGCAACUGCUCAGCCACGCAGAGGAGAAGUUUGGCUUCCAUCAUCCUCAAGGCGGCCUAACAAUUCCUUGCAAAGAAGAUGCCUUCAUCGAUCUCACUUCUAGACUGCAAGUAUCUUGAAGGAUGAACAGCAAUGCUCAAGCUGCAAUUUUUUACAACCUUUUCUGGUUGUUUCUG